UCGGAAUUAUUUUGCUGAAGGACCGAAAUCUUUUAGCGUGCUUUAUCAAGAUGUGAAUGAAAACGUAUUUUAGGUCAUUUUAACUCCGCUGAGAUACAGGCGACAUGGCUUCACGAAGUUAUGGAGCUUGCGUUCUCUGUCAGAGGGUGGCUAUCGUGAAGAUAUGGUUCAGGGGAAUGAGUGCUGCUGCACACCCACAGCCCCAGGUAGACUUCUUAAAAGGGGAACUACACAGGAAGCAUCCAGGUUUGACUAACCUGAAGACCAUGCGACUUCCUGAGGAACUCCAGAUGGCUGCACAGUCGAUUAUUCACAGAGCUCAGGUGACACAGCUUUCAGAGCGCACUCGCAAACUUACAAACUUCCUGUGGAGCCGGAAGCGAGCGGUGGAGGAUUUGACGCUGAGGCAGAAAGCAGUGGGCCUGGAGAAAGAACUCUGGGAGAAAGCUAUGCAAAAGAGUGGAGAUAUUGAUGAGCAGUUGCUGGAGGACCGCAUCAGGAAGAGAGUUUUAUCAGAGCUCAGAAGAACAACAUACCGCUGGACUCCAUUGAAAUAUGAUGAAGAACUGGGUGUGGUGUACAUGGCGGCUCGGCUUGCCGGAGGCUACGCAGCAGUGAGAAGAGCUCUAAAUGAGAUAAAAAAGAGGGAUCCCUCUUUUGCUCCUAAGACCCUCUUGGAUUUUGGUUCAGGCCUGGGAACAGUUGCCUGGGCAUCCCACUCAAUCUGGGGUGACUCUUUAAAGGAGAUGGUGUGCGUGGACAGCUCUGGCCCAAUGAACAUUUUAGCAGAGCGUCUUCUCAAAGGUGAUGAUGAACACGCUGAGCCUCACAUCAAACAAGUUUAUUUCAGACAGUUUCUUCCUGUCUCUCCAAAGGUCCAGUUUGACUUGGUGGUUGCAGCUUUCACCUUGUCGGAGCUUCCCGACACGAAAGAUCGAGAAGAGGCAGCGUUCACUCUGUGGAGAAAGACGAGCUCCUACCUGGUUUUGGUGGAAAGUGGCACCAAAGAGGGACACCAGAUGCUUAUGGAGGCCAGAGAUGCUUUACUUAAGAAACAAGAGAAGACUCUCCACGAUCCCAGACCAGCAUCAGUUUUCGCUCCAUGUCCUCAUGAAAUGAUUUGUCCUAAACUGGCCCAGCAGCCCAUCACACCCUGCAACUUCCAGCAGAUGUACCAUCCUCUGCAUCCGUCGGGCCACAAUAAUACUCAGAAAGAGAAGUUCAGCUACCUGAUUUUGAGUCGAUCUGAACCAGCGGUAGCAGAAGGUGUCGACUGGGCCAGGUUGAUCGCACCGGUGCUGCGCAGAAGUCGACACGUCCACUGCAGGGUGUGCUGCCCCGAUGGACAGCUGCAACACCUGGUGGUGACGGCACGAAAACACAGCAGAGAUGUGUACCGCUGCGCUCGGAACAGUGAAUGGGGAGAUCAGCUGCCGAUCAUUCAGAAAGUCGAGGAGGAAGAUGUUCAAACUGAGUCAGAGUAAAGGUGGAAAUACAAUAUUUGGACUUUUGAGAUGAUGAAGAACCACAAGACAAGACUUUCAUCCAACAACACAUCAGCUGCUGAUCACAGCAAAACAUUUUCUCUUCUGGAUUAAAAUACAGAUGAUUGUGGUAAUUGUACUGAACAUAUAUUUUUGUUCAAUAAACCAGAUUUUAGUGGA